UAGAAAUUCUGAUAAAUAGUCAGACAGCUCGCAUUGAUUUCCCUGCGAAGUCCUCUCGCCUCUCCCACGCCACCCACUUCCCGCCGUUUUCUCUCGGCCGGAAGCGCGCAUCCGCCGCACAACCUUUCUGUCUUGUUAGAUUCUCUUCCCACAGCAGCACGAGUGGGAAAAGCAGACAGGCUCCGAUGGACCUCCUGGAAACCCUAGGGGACUUCACCAGCAAGGAGAACUGGGACAAGUUCUUCUCUUUAAGGGGUGCUGGAGAUUCGUUUGAGUGGUACGCCGAAUGGCCCUUUCUCCGCGACCUGCUUCUUUCGCAGCUUUCAUCCGUUUCGUCUGUAGCCACCUCUUCCGAUGCCGCCGUGGGGCCGCCUCAGAUACUUGUUCCUGGAUGCGGCAAUUCUAGCGUUUCCGAGCACCUAUACGACGCGGGAUUCCGACAAAUUACCAACAUCGAUUUUUCUAAGAUUGUGGUUUCCGAUAUGCUACGACGCAACGUCCGCAUGCGCCCAGAGAUGAGAUGGCGGGUUAUGGACAUGACCGACAUGCAGUUUGCAGAUGAGAGCUUUGAUGUUGUUCUUGAUAAAGGGGGGUUGGAUGCAUUGAUGGAACCAGAGGCUGGCUCAGAACUUGGGAACAAAUAUCUUACAGAGGUGAAGAGGAUUGUUAAAUCAAGAGGGAAAUAUCUUUGCGUCACCCUUGCAGAAUCUCAUGUACUAGGGUUGCUUUUCAACUUGUUCAGGUUUGGAUGGAAAACUACAAUCCAUGUUGUACCUAACAAACCUGGUAACAGAUCUACCUUCCAAACAUUCAUGGUCGUUUUUCUGAAAGAUCAGUUGGCCACAGUGAAUCUGAUUGGAUCAUCUUUUGAUCAGUCAAUCGUGGCAUGUAAUACAAAACAGGCUCAAGCUUUACUUGAUGGCAUUAAAAUUGAGAAUCAAAUUCGUGAAGAAUACUCCUCAAGUUCCAAUCUCAUAUAUUCUUUGAGAGAUUUAAACUUAGGAGCCCACGGGAAUCUGCGGGAGCUACAAGCAGGGCGCAGAUGCCAACUUAUUCUUGGUGGAGAGGGAGAGUCCCUUUAUAGCUACAAGGCUGUACUUUUAGAUGCCCAAAAGACAGUUAGUCCAUUUUCAUAUAAUUGUGGUGUUUUUAUUGUGCCAAAGACUCGUGCUCGUGAGUGGCUGUUUUCUUCGGAGGAUGGACAAUGGCAAAUUGUGGAGAGUUCAAAAGCAGCUCGUCUCAUUAUGGUUUUCCUGAACGCUAGUCACAGCCAUGCCACAAUGGAGGCUAUACAGAAAGACUUGUCUCCACUUGUCAAAAGUUUGGCACCUGCGAAGGAUUAUGGACAUUAUCAAAUACCGUUUAUGAUGGCCAAUGAUGGUGUUAAGCAACGGAAGAUUGUCUACCAGGCUACAUCUAAGACAACAGGGCCAAUUAUUGUUGAAGACGUGAUUUAUGACAAUAUUGCUGAAGGCAUCAAUUCUGAUCAUAUUGGUUCCGAAAAUAAGAGGUUUCGUCGCCUAGUUUUUGAGCGAAGCUCAGGGUUGGUUCAAUCAGAAGCCCUGUUAAUUUUAAAACCCAAAAGUAAUUCUAUUGAAGCAGAUAAAAGGCAAACCAGUUUGUCUUCAAAAUCUAAAAAGGGAGGCCGGAAAAGAAAUGGCACAUCUAUAUCGUCUGAUGGAUCUAAAGACAAUAUGGAGAUUGACCAUAGCUCUCUGGCAAGCUCUUAUCAUAGUGGAAUCGUUUCUGGCUUCUCUCUGGUAGCUUCUGCAUUGCAAAAUGCAGUUUCAUUGCAAGAAAGGGUCAGAGUGAUCGUAGUUGGUCUUGGUGCUGGCCUUUUUCCCACAUUUCUUCACAUUUGCCUUCCGUUUUUAGACAUCGAGGUUGUAGAGUUGGAUCCUGUUGUCUUGGAGCUUGCAAAGGAUUACUUUGAUUUCAAGGAGGAUGUACAAUUGAAGGUUCAUAUUGGUGAUGGAAUUAAAUUUAUUCAAAAUGCAAAUGUUCAAUAUCCUUCUGAAGCUGCUGCUAAGCAUAAAGAUGAUUUGAGUAUGAAGAUCGUCAUUGUUGAUGCUGAUUCAUCCGAUCUAAGCUCUGGGUUAGCCUGUCCUCCAGCAGGAUUUGUGGAAGAAGCUUUCCUUUCAUCAGUGAAGGAUUUCCUUUCUCUUGGAGGCCUAUUCGUGAUUAAUUUGGUGUCCAGAUCCUCAACAAUCAGGCUGAUGGUCAUUUCUAGAUUGAAAGCGGUUUUCAACCAUCUCUUUUCCUUGGAACUAGAGGAAGAUGUCAAUGAAGUCCUCUUCGCUUCUCCAAUGGACUUGUGCUUACAAGAUGAUGAUCUUACUAAUGCAGUUGAUGUGCUUCAGAAUUUGUUAAAGGUUCCAUUGCCUACCAUACAUGCACAGGCAAAGAAAAUCAAGCGGUUGAAGUAGAAUCCAUGUUAUUUGUGAAUGAAUUUUCUGAGAGGAAUCACAUGGAUGUAUGCUUGUGCUUCUUUUAGGUUUUGUUUGAGACAACUUCCUUGCUGCUUCUUAAAGCAGCUUUCUAAUACGAAAUUUUUAUUUUUUGUACUAAAAAACUGCUUUAAGAAGCGGUAAGAAAGUCGUCCCAAACAAACCUUAGUUUAAGCUUUACAGCAGAUCAAUGGAAUUCCUGCUGAUUUCUUGGCUUGAGAAUGCUAUUUAUUAAAAAAUCCAAGCUCUCAACCACCAGACAAUUUGAUCCAGGUACCACAUUUGCUUAUUGCUUUUAUGUUCACUUGUUUAACAACAUCAGGCUUGAUUCAGUUGAAUUUGACUUAUCUUCUUUCAAGUUUGUAUUAAUGCAGUGAAUUCCUUCA